GGAGCAUCUACACUGCAGACUUCUGCUCGCUGCAAACGUGUCUGAAGUCGUUAGUGGGCUGAGCACACACACACACAAAGGGUAAAGAAACAAUAAACCCCCCAAAACAACAAACAAGCGCACGAUGGCUGGUGUCAGCGCGGACGAAAUCCGCCACUCCCCUCUGUGGGGACACAUGACGCAAGUUCUCGCGCAGGUGGUGCGUGAGCGUCCGGCCGACGCGUUGGAGGCGAUGGAGGCCGCGUCGAAUCAGAUUCUGACCGGCAGUGCGGUGCCGCCUAUGAAGGGGGUGAUGUACGCCGAUCCCCGUCCCACCGCCCGCACCGCGGCGCCGGCCGACUCCUUCAGCAACGCGCGGUGGGCCGCCAACACGAACACCGCCCUCGCACCACCGAAGCCACCGCGUCGCCCACGUCGCGCCGACGGCGAGGAGGAGGAGGAGGAGGACAUGGCGGAUAUGGAAGAGGGGCAGCCCGGCGCGGACCUCGCCGACCACCCUGGCACCCUCAGCGACGUCACCACCGAGCAAAGGCACUUCAACGAGGUCGGCCUGGGUCUGCCGCCGAGCGACGCGUACCGGCUGCUGGUCGGUCUGCGCCAGCUCAUCCGCGCAGAGCCGCUCGCUUCGGUACGCUUCUGGGGCGUCGUGACGGGCAGCAAGGCGGAUUACUACGUGGCGGAGUGCCAGGUGGAUGCGGAGCGCGUGCAGGAGAUCGCUGCCUUGAACGGCGACGAGGAGGAAGAGGAGGACGACGGCGACGGCGACGAGCACGCACCUGUGUCGCAGGUCGCCGAUGUUCUCUGCACUUCCGCCGCUCACCGCCGUCCCCGCCGCGGACCACGUCCCUCUACCCCAGCGGAGGAGGCCGGAACUGGCCUGAAUAGCCUCUGCUACUACGUUUCCACCAGCGCCGACCCGAUGACGUGGACGCGGCUGCCCGAUGUGGCGCCGCACCACGUCGCGGUAGCCCGUCAGCUGCGGUGCCGCUUUUCGGGCAAUCUCGAUGCCCCCGUCCACGGCCACCCGCGCUUUCUGGGCUGCGAGAGGCACUACUUACGUGCGCAGAUCGCCCGCAUCACGAGCGCCUGCCGCAUCGCUCCUACGCAGAUGUACACGACGGAGGGCGCCAUCCCAGAGCCGGAGGAGGAGGAGGAGGAAGACGGCAAGGUGCGGCCGCCUCCGACCUCCGUGCCGGCCUACGCCGCCGUCCCCCCGUUGAUUCCGCAGGAGCAGCCGGACGACGAAGACGCGGAGGCCGUGGCGGCCGUGGAGGGGUGGUUUAGGGGCUACGCCAAGGAGGAGCUGAUGCAGGCAAAGGGCUGGGCGCACAUCGCUCCGACGGUGCUCAACUGCGGCCGUGUCACGGUGCCGCCGCCGCCCGAGGAGGAGGAAGACGUACAGGGCGAGGACGGCGACGACGGCGAGGGCGGGGAGGCAGCCGCACCGCCGCCACCACCGCCGGCGCCGGAGAUGAUUGCGCCGUUUCUCUCCUCCGUCAGCCUGGAUGCGGCGCUCACUUACCCGGGUCACAGUCGGGCGCACAUCCCAGCCUGGACCUUUCGCAAGGCCUAUCUGGGCGAGGGCAGCACCACGGCCGUGUACGUGGCGAAGUCUCUCCUCUGGCCCGGCGCCGCGACGUACGCCGUGACGACCGCGGGCCGACCUGGGGCGUCGUACCAGAUGAUGUACUGCGGCACGGGACUGAAGGACUUGCAAGGGGCUUACUACGCCCCACCGCUACCUCCGCCCUGCUGCGACGAGUACGCCGAGAAGCCGGGCGAGUUUGACGGUGAGCGGGACUGCACCGUGGACGAGGAGCUCCGUUACGCCCCUCCGCCGCCGCGGCCCGCGAAGGAGGCCGACGAAGAGGACGAAGAAGACGAAGAAUGA